AUGCCAGACGUCGUCAAGUUGGCGCAGGAAGCGGAGACGAACCCGCGGGGCAUCCCCAAAGCUCCCUUCGUCGACCGUGUUGAAGACUAUGUUACCGACCGUUCAGAGGUGGAAAGCACCAUUAACAGCUUCAAGGAGAUGAUCUCGAAGUACCAGUUCAUGCAGGCAAACACACAACGGCGAGCAGUAGGGCUACAAGACAAGAUCCCAGACAUACAGAAGACACUCGAGACAGUCAAGUUCCUGAAGACACGAGGGGAGGACGCAGACCCCAUCGAGACAACGUUCGAGCUGAACGACACACUAUUUGCGAAGGCGGAGGUGCCACCGACAGACGAGGUAUACUUGUGGCUGGGUGCGAACGUCAUGCUGGCGUACCCCAUUCCCGAGGCUAUGGAGCUGCUCUCGUCGAAGCUGUCAACGGCAAAGGCGAGUCUGGCGACUUGUGAGGAGGACCUGGACUUCUUGAGGGAGCAGAUCACGACACUGGAGGUUGCAUUUGCACGAGUCUACAACUGGGAUGUCGCGCAGAGGAGGAAAGACCGCGAGGCUGGCGAGACAGAAGACAAGGGCAAGGGAAAGAAGUGA